UCAUGACCCCUUUGAAGCAGAUAUAUUUAUUUUUUUCACUUCUGCAGGAUCAGUAGUUUAGCAUGGCUGCCAGAGCUGCAUCUCAUUUGAACGGAGAGAAUAGGCGUGGGGAGCAAGAUUCUCCACGUACCCACAAGUGUAGCGAGUGUGUCAAAGAGUUUCGUUACCCGAGUCAUCUGAAGCAGCACAUGCGUACUCACACAGGUGAGAAACCUUAUCAAUGUGGGGAUUGUAGCAGGCGGUUCAGUGAGCUGGGUAGUCUGACGACACACAUGCGGACUCACACUGGUGAGAAACCGUACAGGUGUGAUGACUGCGGCAAGCAGUGCAGCACGCUGAGUAAUCUGAAGAAGCACAUGUGGACUCACACUGGAGAGAAACCGUACAAGUGUGAGGAGUGCAACAUGCAGUUUAGUGCACUGUCAGAUCUUGGAAGACACAUGCGGACUCACACGGGUGAGAAACCCUACAGGUGUGAGGAGUGCAGCGGACAGUUCAGCAGGAUGGGUAAUCUAAAGACUCACAUGCGGACUCACACAGGGGAGAAACCGUACAGAUGUGAGGAGUGCAGUAAGCAGUUCAGCAGGCUGGUCCAUCUAAAGGAGCACAUGCGGACUCACACGGGUGAGAAACCGUACGGAUGUGAAGAAUGCAAAAUGCAGUUUAGCCUUCUGCGUAGUCUAAAGGCCCACAUGCGGACUCACACAGGUGAGCAACCGUACAGAUGCGAGGAGUGUGGCAAGCAGUUCAGCACGCUAAGUAACUUGAAGACUCAUAUGAGAACUCACACGGGUGAGAAACCGUAUAGAUGUAAAAAGUGCAGCAAGCAGUUUAGUCAGCUGGGAAAUCUAAAGACACACAUGCGGACUCACACUGGUGAGAAACCGUACGUAUGCAAGGAGUGCAACAGAAAGUUUAUUCAGCUAGUAAGUUUAAAGAAGCACAUGCGGACUCACGCAAGAGAAAUCGAACAUGUGUGAAAAUGCAACGAAAACAACGAUUUUAUAUCCCGAUUGCCCUGUAAUCUGUUUCUUAGGACGAGAAGUCCAAUGUAUAGUGUGUAAAAAGGCGAGAGUGCAGUUUUUCAAUAAUCUGUAAACAAGUUUUCUUAUACUAUCACAAAAGGUCA